AGAGAGCAGGCGGCAGCAACUGGGCGGUGCUCCGAUUAUGGAGCCCAGCGAGUCCGCUCCUGGCCAGACUCCCGAAACAGAGUAAAGAAAACUGAAAAUCCAGUUGAUUGGAUUUUAGUACUAUGUCAUAAUAGAUAAUUCACCACUUGUUCAUCAAGAUGGAAAACUCAGAUUCUAACGAUAAAGGAAAUGACCAAUCUGCAGCACAGAGCAGAAGUCAAAUGGCUCGAUUGGAUCAGGAAGAGGCUUUCUAUCAAUUUGUACAUAACCUGAGCGAAGAAGACUAUAGACUUAUGAGAGACAACAAUUUGCUAGGCACCCCAGGUGAAAGCACUGCGGAGGAGUUGCUCAGAAGACUACAGCGAAUUAAAGAGGGUCCGCCACCACAGAGCUCAGAUGAAAAUAGAGGUCGAGACUCUCCACAGACAUCGUCUGCCAGACCAUCUAGGUCAGAACGCAGUUCUGCUGAAACAUUAACAGAAGUGCCAUCCACCAGAGGUCGGAGGAGGGCAAGAAGCCAGAACCCAGAACACCGGAGAACCAGAGCCAGAGCUGAAAGAAGUAGGUCUCCUCUGCAACCAGCAAAUGAAACUCCACGAAGAUCUCAACGUAGCAUCUCAUCUCAAACUUUAGUAAAUGAGAUUGAGGGAAGUUCUACAACCCGUCACCAUACGAUUUUGAGACAGCAGAUAACUGGACUAGGUAGAGAUGCAGCUUCUGCAUCGAGAAAUGCCACUCAAGGGACAAGAUCUUCAGACGCAAGUACCAAUGGUGAAGCUGCAAGAUCUGGUCAAAGACCUCCAACCAUCGUCCUUCAAGUCAGAAGAAUUCUUCUGAGAGAACACCCGCAGAGAGAUAGCGUAGCUAGCCGAACUCGAUCAAGGUCUCAGACCCCAAACAACACGGUCACUGAUCAAAGUGAACGUGAAGGUUUUAGGCGCAUCUUUUUACGUUCUGAACGUGCAGGUGUGAGAACCUAUGUGAGUACUAACAGGGCUCCCAUUCGUAGAAUCUUAAAUACUGGAUCAAGUGACUCUGAAGCUGUUCAGAUUCGAAACAUAUUCAGGCAGAUGAUGACAAGUUUUAGUGAGCUGGCGAGACUAGAAAUACAGAGGGGAAGAGGGGACAAUGGUGGUAACAGCUCUGGUUCCAGCUCCAGCCCUGGCUCCAGCUCCAAUCGUGAAAGAUCAGAAAAUAGCUCAGCGAGGUCUGAAGGCAGUAAUGAAGCAACCCGAAUUCUCGCACCAGGUGCCAGGAGAGAGGGCCCACAUAGAGCCCCAGUUAUAUUUGAUGAGGGUGGCUCUUCGUCAUUUUUUAGUCUGGAUCAGUUUUUCCUCUUAAAUGAGAAUGACAACAGCCAACGUAGAGGACUCACCAAAGAACAGAUUGAUAAUUUGACAGUGAGAAGUUUUGAAGAAAGUGAUGCAUUGAAGACAUGUAGUGUUUGCUUUAGAGAAUAUACGACAGGCAACAAACUUCGUAAACUACCUUGCUCCCAUGAGUACCACAUCUACUGCAUCGACCGCUGGUUAUUGGAGAAUUCCACCUGUCCCAUUUGCCGCAGGGCCGUCUUAUCUUCUGGGAACAGAGAAAGUGUUGUGUAAUGAGAACAGAACUCUUGAAGCUGUGUAGCUGGAAUAGUGGUGGGGAAACGAAAUCACUUGCUUUGUGUCCAUUUUUUUGA